GCUGGGUGGGAGCAGCCGUGCCCAGGCAGGAUGCCGGGGGCACAGGAGGCAUCCUCCCAGCUGAGGGAGGGUAAUGCUCACAGCGUCAGCCCUCCCCAGGAGCCUGACUGAGGCGUUCUUCUGGCUCCGGUCUCAUCCUUGGCUCCACGUUGUGUGGGAGGAUGCAGCUGUGCGCCGGGGGCUGAGGCGCGGAGCCGCCGGCCGCGGGGAGCGGGACCCCCGCCGCCCACCCAUGGUGCCGGCUGGCAGCCGGGGCAGCCCCCCGUGAGGAGGGGCACGGGCACAGCCGGGACCGCGGGCGCCCAGCCCCGCCGCCGCCCCGCCAUGACGAGCCUGUUCCGCCGCAGCAGCAGCAACGGCGGCUCCCGCGGCGGCUCCUCCGCGCAGGAGCUCAACAACAGCCGCCCCGCCAGGCAGGUGCGGCGCCUGGAGUUCAACCAGGCCAUGGAGGACUUCAAGACCAUGUUCCCCAACAUGGACUACGACAUCAUCGAGUGCGUCUUGAGAGCCAACAACGGCGCCGUGGACGCCACCAUCGACCAGCUUCUGCAGAUGAACCUGGACGGCAGCGGCUGCGACGACAGCUCGGACUCGGAGGACAGCAUCCCCCCCGAGAUCUUGGAGCGCACCCUGGAGCCGGACAGCUCGGACGAGGAGCCGCCUCCCGUGUACUCCCCUCCUGCCUACGAGAGCCAGGCCCUGGGCAGCCGCUACCCCCGUGCCCCACCCACGCCCCCGCCCAGGACGGACGUGCCCGGCCCCGGCAGCACCGCGGUGCCCGGGCACUACAGGAACUGGAACCCUCCGCUCCUGGGCAACCUCCCCGAGGACUUCCUGCGCAUCCUGCCCCAGCAGACACAGCCCGGCACACAGGGCUCGCAGGGCUGCCGGCAGCCCGUGCCACGGGGGCCGGCCCCGCGGGGCCAGGGCUGCCUGGAGCAGGAGCGGCGCUGGAAGCAGUACCUGGAGGACGAGCGGAUCGCGCUCUUCCUGCAGAACGAAGAGUUCAUGAAGGAGCUCCAGAGGAACCGGGAUUUCCUUCUCGCCCUGGAGAGAGAUCGAUUGAAAUAUGAGUCAAAAAAAUCCAAGUCGACCAGUGUUGCUGUCAGCAACGACUUUGGUUUCUCCUCAGUAUUAUCAGGUGAGGCAGCUCCCUCUGCAGCCAGCGAGGCCGGCGGUGCCGUGUCCGACGAUGCCUUAUUCCGUGACAAACUCAAACACAUGGGAAAAUCCACGCGCAAGAAGCUGUUCGAACUGGCCAGAGCCUUCUCCGAGAAGACGAAGAUGAGGAAAUCAAAAAGAAAACACUUGUUGAAACACCAGGUGAUGGGGACAGCGGCUUCCACGGCAAAUCUUCUCGAUGACGUGGAAGGACAUGCAUAUGAUGAAGAUUUCCAAGCACGGCGGCAGCAGCUCCGGGAGGAGGAGGAGACGCCGAAGGAAGGGCAGUAAACGGUCCCAGCACUGGCGUUUCUUGUUGGCACAGGAUGUGCACGAGGCUUCACCAGGAGAUGGCUGAACAAGGAAAAACCCACCCAACAAAUCACCCAGAUUUUGGCUGUUCCCCCUCUGCUGCUGUACUCCUCUGAAGUACAAGUGUCGAAGUGAGGCACAACUUUUCCUGUCGAGCAAAUCAGCCAAAAAGGAAAAAAAAAAAGGAAAAAAAAAAGCGGGCAGCUGCUGCGAGCGGCUGCGGAGGAGCCAGCGAGCUGAGGCCGGGGAGGAGCAGCCCCGCCUGCUCUCGGCCCGGCGGGGCAGGAGGAGCCAGAUCGGUCGUACUAACGAGGAUCCAUUCACACGUGGGGUCUGCUUGGCCGGAGCACUCCUGAACAUAUCUGUAGCGGUCUGAUGUAACUUCACUCUGCGCACACCGGGACAAAAACCACGGGAGAAAGGGAAGCUAACAGCCGUUGUCUAUUAUUGCUAGGAGUAAUGAGCAGAGAUUCAGAUCAGGUAAUAGUCAAAUAAUAUAAAUUGUUUAUAAAGGAAAGGCCUUCUUUUCCUAGGCGUUUCACUUUGAAUUAAACCUUUGCCUUCGGCAUUGCUACAACUGCCUUGAAGCUGGAAGCUUUGUGCCGCCACGGGGCAGCACCAAGGGCUGGAUUUCACACCAGGUUAACCCUCACUGAUGGAGCAGGACUCAUCCCGCCGGGUCUGGGGUGCUGGGGGUGCUCCUGGAGUCUGGCAGCUCCAGGGAUGCCCCCGCCGUAGGUAAGAGGCAAAGCCCAAGCCGGGGCUGGCAGGGCUGGUGGAGGCGUUCUCAGCACGGAGCUUGUCCCAGGGCCUGGGGGCACUGCUGGGUUUGAUGGGGGCAGCAGCAGAGCCCCCUCCUCGUGCCCGCAGCACCAGAACCCCGCAGCUCUCAGAGGUGCUGUCAGGCUCACAAGAAUUACAUAAACAAAUUCCUCCGCUGUGUAAGUAACGAGUGAUGAGCGUAAAGUCAGAAAGCGCUCCCGCCAGCACAUUUUCUUCUCCUGUAUCAGCACAACGUUCCCUGCCAAAUGCAGGAGGUGGCUCUAGACGUGCCUGUUUCACUCUCUGGCUCCCGCCAACCAGCACAAAUGUUGCAGGAUUGGAGCUGUGAAGGCGGCAGACGCAGAAGCCCCAGCCAUCAAACACUCACGCAACUGUUUUCCCUGCCUCUCCGCAGGGUUUGGUAACAAAAGUCCCCCUUGCAGGCGCUGGCUCCCGGCAGGCUCCUCUUCAAUCCCAACAGAGCCCGUGUGCCUUUGAAGUGGACGCCAAGAUUUCCUCCCCCGCCAGCGCUGCAGCUGCUGCACCUGUUGGGCGCUGCUGUUGUCCCCUGCAGCUGCGGCGGGGACCGGGGGCAUCCCGUGAGCUGCACCUUCUCCUGGUGCCUGGCCAGGGGCAGGGCUGCUCCCGGUGUCUGGGGCUGCAGGCUCUGGGUGAGGUCCCAGAGCACAAAACCCUCCUGCAGCACCAGGGCCAGGGCAGGAUGCACCGAGCUGGGAGUGCCCUGGGAUGCCAGCGAGCUUUGGGUUCCUAAAAUCAAAGCAGCAGAAUUCCCACCCCACCCAGCUCAUACUGGUUUUGGUGUCCUCUCCUUUGCUUUUGAAGGAUUGCAGGGCACGUCCUGAGUCAUGGCAGCACAGUGACAGGUUAGGGCCACCCCCAGGCACGCUGGCUGUCCCCCACCAUGGGCAGCAGCCCUGCCCCUGGCGCUGUGCACGGCUGUCAGGAGGGGCUGCAAGGGCACAGCAUGGCCCAGGCUGCUCUGCCCUGCCAGGGCAGGAUGUGGGGCUGGAGGAGCGCCUGGCUCAGGGUGCAAGGGGCUGAGGGUGAAUCAGGGAACGGAAAAUCCUUUAGUCCCUGCGUGGGACUUCCAUUCUGAGAGUGCUGAAGAGCAGGAGGGGCUCCUUCCCUACCCUCUGCUGGCCCUGGGGCUGUAAGAGGCUGCUGUUUCUCCUUCCCAGCCCAAAGCAGCUCUGCAUAUUUGGAAGAAAAUCAGACUUGGAAGCGGAUCAGCCUGUCACCAUUCCAGCGCCUCUUAGCUACCGAGGGCUGCGGUCCCGGCAAAGUUUCCAUGAGCGCAGGAAGCAGCACGGAGCGGGAGGGGAAUUCUGCUCCCCCAGACGAGGCGGGGCUGGCGGGAGGGCUGGGCUGGCCCGGGCAGGGCUUGAGGAUGGGCUGAGCUUUCCUGGGGAGGUUGGCACGGGCUGCAGGUGAGCCCUGCUGCACAGGGGGACACUGUCCCUCCUCCCAGGCUGCUCGUCAAGUGACACGUCCCGAGUCACCUCUGUAACCCAGCCAGGGUUUGCUGGUGGAGCAGUCCUGGGUCAGGAGCUGCCUCUGCUUUCAGCCUGAGCUCGUCCCCGAGGUGUCCAGCACCCUCUGCUCCCACUGAGAAAGGGACAGCAGGGAGGGGUGGCCAGGGGCUAUGAGCUGGGAAGGGGACAGUGCCCAGCCCUGCACCGUGGCCACCCAGGCCUGGCACAGGGCCCUGGGCACAGCUCAGCCACCAGCACCACCCAGCAAGGUGGCCUUGAGCAUCCCAGGCACAGCCUCUGGAUGGGGUCACUCUGUAGCUGUGUCAAAAUAUCUUGAAGGCACAAAGCAUCACUUUAAUGGAGAUUGUUUUUGUGUCCUGUAAAAAACAAAAAGUCAGGUCUGAGAGGUGGAAAGGCCACAAACCCGGCUUGGGAGCCAAAAUGCAUUUCUGACAUAAAAAUGUACAAUUCUCAGUGAUGUUUGUAUCAUUUCUCUACAAAAAGAUUUCAAAAGAACAAAACAAACUGAUCUGUGAUGUUUGUGAGUGUGGCUAUUUUAGAAUUUAUUUCCAUAAGUGAUUUUUUUUCUUAAAGAUGUUUAAUAGUAAUUCCUAUAAUAAAGUCCUGUUGUACUCUUAA